AUGCAAAAAUGUCGUAAUGUCAGAUUGGUAAAAGUGGAACUUUUGGAAGAGCAUUUGAUUGUAGAUGGGUUUCUUGAAAGUUACACUCGUUGGAUUUUUCAUGGGGAAAUAUCAUUUGCUUCGGUUUCUAGAGAUAAUGAAUCAAGUGACUCUAGUUUAGGAGAUGAAAUUCAAGAAAUGUUGCAUGAUGCAUUUGGUAUUCCCCCUCCAAGUCCAAUUUAUGGAAUGAGUAGUGGUGAACUUGAAAGGGAUAAUAGAGAAGGGCCUGAUCAGGCAACAGAAAAAUUAGCUCACAAGCCUAACCGAGUGGAAGAAUCACAUUGGCGGUCCUUGGCCUAUUAUUGGAGCACUCCGAAGGCACAGUUAGACAUGGAUGAACUUGUGUCACAAAUGCCCGAGUCUUCUAUGCAAUCUUCAUCUGCAGUAGAUGAAGUUUUCACUCAAGUCAUGGGACCGGAGCGACCUGGAUGUGUUAGAACAUAUGGUUUUGGACCAUCUCCGAGAGAUGUGUUUGGACAUAAAAAAUCAGAAGAGAUGCAAGCAAUGCAAUCCCAACUAGAUGAGCAAUUGAGUAGACAUAAGGCAGAGAUGGAGGCUAAGCAGUUAGAGAUGGAGGCUCAGCAGGCACAAAUGGAGAAGCAAAUGAGUCAUAUGGAAGCUAAGUUUGAGGCUCAACAAAGACAGUUUGAGGUUUUUCUCGUCCAAAUGCGUGCAAUGGGUAUGCCUAUUACCGAACCAGCUCGCAAAAAACACAGAUCCAUUUCGGGUUGA